UGUCUCUAAAAACCAAAAAAAAAAAAAAAAAAAAAAAAAAUGCAGGGGGGAAGUUAAGCAGAGAGGAUGCAAUGUGGCAUUUUGAGUGAUCUCGGGGAUCUCGGUGCCUCAGGAGCGAACACAGGUAAGCGCAGCCUCUGUGUUGGGAGUGAGUCCUGGCUUAUUAGCUUUGCUACCUUCGUCCAAAGACCAUCUUGGAGUUUUCAUUCCUCCUUGCUUUGGUGAGGAGAAAACAGAGGGAAGGCUUUUCCUCCUCCCUCUAACAGCGCUUUCAUGAAAACGGUGUCAGGAUGUUCAGUGGGCGGUGGUGGCGCACACGCCUUUAAUCCCAGCACUCGGGAGGCAGAGGCAGGCGGAUCUCUGUGAGUUCGAGGCCAGCCUGGACUACAGAGUGAACGCCUGGACAGACUGCAGAGCUACACUGAGAAAUUCAAAAACAAAACAAAAGAAACAAACAAAAAGCAGACAAACAAAAAACCAAAACAAAAACAAUCAACCAAAACAUCGCUUUCCUUUCUUCUCCCUCUCCUUUAAGGUUGAAGGCACUCAGUAUUCCAACCAGGCCUCAGGGAUAACGGAGCAGAAAACUCAGGGGCUGGUACCCUGCAGAGAGCAGCCUCUUGUAGUCUGGGGCCAAGGUUUGCCCUGGCCACAUUGAAAGAAAGGCCUCUGCCUCCCGAGGUCUCUGUCUUCUUCCUUCUCUCCCCUCUUCCCAGGAGGAUCCAGACACCUUCAUUCCUCCUUGUCCCACGCCACUCUCGCCUCAGCCCCAGAUUUCCAUUCACAUUGUCCUAUUUGCGUCUGCAAUGUUUCAAGCCCUUACCCACCUCUAGGAUGUUGAUUAGGCUACCUCCCUCCAGACCCUUGUCAUGCCUAAAAGGCUUUCCCAGUUACAGUUGCCUUCCUGUCCUCUCCAGUCUCCCCACAUCCACAGCAACUCUGCGCCCCUCCUACGCCAUAGCGUUGAUCCCUGUACUUCACUGCACUUGCUAUGAUAACCCUAACUUACCUUUCUCUUUGUCUGUCAUCUGUCUCCCACUGUAAGCCCGAGGAGCAAGAGGCAUGCCUGCCUUGUCUUCUUCUCCAUUUCUAACACUCAGAAUGUCAGAGCCUGGCGUGUAGUAGAUGCUCAAUGAAUACUUGGUGAGGGGAUGAGGGACAUGGGAGCUGUCACUAUAGGACGAUGGAGUUAUUCUUGGGGCGGAGCCUUUCCUGGACCCUUACACUCUUCACCUGUCAGCUCCAUGUGUCUCCCAGCUCAAACUGGCUUCUCCCUGAAGGUCAUCAGUCUCCUGGCCUUAAUUGUUCUGUAGUUAACAAUUGUACUAAAAAUAGCGGGCUGGAGAGAUGGCUCAGUGGCUGAGAGCACAAACUGCUCUUCCUGAGUUCAAUUCCCAGCACCUACAUCAGGUAGCUUACAACUGCCUAUGACCCCCAGCUCCAAGGGGAACCUCACACCUCUGACCUCUGUGACCUCCGAGGGCGCUUGCAUUCAUGUGCACACACUCCACCUCCCCACAUGUACAGAUAAUUAGAAUAAUACAAAUAAAUCUUUAAAGAGUGAUUAGCAUCCAGGGUCAUUAUCACUACAAAUCAGAACGUGGGAAUAUUAUGCCAGGGGUCUCCAUCUUUGCCGCUGCUGGGUCCCUGGUGCGCAAGGACGUCGGUAUCCUAACAACCUGUGUCCUGGCCUCUUAUAAGGCGAGUGGCAAUGAGCGUAAUCCCGUGGAUGCUGCACUGUUUCAGGGCCUUAGGUCCAGGGCAGCUAAUCUUCUUGGCAUCUCUAAGGUCACUAACGUCAAUGUCACCCUUCCCCUCAGGAACACAUCCACUAUACCACAUCCACUCUUACCAGUGAGGAAGGGUGUGCACAAGGAGCAUCCAAGUCAUGAGCAGACUGAAAUUCCGAGGCAGCAGGUGAGGGCGUGCGUACCCUUUUGAUAAGCAGUAGGGUAGUUGUAUUCGAACACACUGCAAGCCCCAGGUGCUUUUCCAAGCAAAGGACAGAAGAUGUAGCUCAUCACGUUUCCCCCUGCCCUUUCCUGGCAGGUGCUCAGGGGCACAGGAGUAGGGAUUCCAGCCCUGUUUGGCCAUCAGGUCAGGCCCAGGCAAGCGGGGACAUGUUGGGUGGGUACUCUUAGUGUCAGAUCUUGGUCCAGUGUUUCUUUGCUCCCGCCUCCAGGAUUCUCCCCAUUGCCACCCCCACGCCCCCAAGGAUUCCCUGGAAGCUGAGAUGACUCAGGGAUUCCAAAACUAGUCACCCCAGGAGGAAACCCUCUGGAAAAUGUUUCUCAUGGCAGGGAGUCACCCUAAAGAGUCCCACAAUGCUACUAAUGAGAUAAGGGUUAGGCUGAGCAAGCAGGGUGGGGUAGGGUCUGUGGCUCGGAGACUAGGUCCAUGGGUCAGCUUGGUCAUUGUGGUAUGGGGAAAGCCACUCCUGGGGAAGACCGUGCGCUUACAGGGAUCUCCCAUCUUCCUUCCAGAGGUUUCCUCUGGUCCGAGGUACAGAGGCAGAGAGAGACCCCGAAUGCCUCUUGCGAAGGACAUUGUCCCAGUCACCCAGGCCAGUUCCAUUCUGCAGUGUCAGUAGCUGAGACAAGGAGCUGCGAUCAUUUUCAGCCUGAAGAGCAUCCCCUUGUGCACUGGCCAAGGUCUGCUUCCUAGGGUCGUGACUGGGAGAGACCCGUAUGAGUCCUGCUCUUUGAAACAGCACGGCUAGCUACUAGCUAAAGGACCCUAUUCUGGGCUUGGGGUUGCUAAGGAACACCACAAGCCACCUGAGGCCAUGUGCCAGACAAAAGGCUGGGAAACAGGAAGCUGGAACAAUGGAUCCCAGCCAGCCGGGCCGAAUGCCAACGUGGGCAGGAAUGCCCUGUGGUCUUGGAUAGGUGUAAAUGAAACAAGUCCAGCCCAAGUCCAGGUGAACAGGGACACAUCCACUGUGGGGGCUCCCUUCCAUCCACAGCCAGCUGAGGGCUGGCUCAUGCUAGGAGCUUAGGUUUGGACUUAUUGAGGGUUGGAAUAGAAAACCAGCUCAGAGUCUUUCUAACUGCAUAAUCUUGGGUAGAUUAUUAAAUGUUGUUGGGUCUCACUUUCCUCAUCUGUAAUAUGAAGGCUAUGGUUUUCAUGUCAUCGUUUUAUUAUCAGGGCAGAGUAAGAUGAUGUGGCUAGGUUCAGCACCAUGUCUGGCACACUCAAGUGCGUAGGAGUAAGACCAGCAGUGCCUACAGGGAGAUGGUACCCAGGAGCACUGAGGCAAGGGUGGGCACGGGCAUCAGCUGAAGGUAUUCUGGCCUUAUUGUUCUUCCUAAGUGUCCUAACCCUGGCCACCCCAUGGUUUCUCCUCAGUGCCUCCCCCUCUUCCAGGCCCCUAAGAGUCACCAAAGCAGUUUCUUCCAACUCUUGAGACUGUCCCCUGUUGCCAUGACACCUCUCCUUUGAGGCUGUUUUGUCCUACUGCAUCUGAAAGAGUGGUCUUCUGUGCUAUACACCAACUAUUCCUGGUUCCCUUUAUUUACUUUCUGAUCCCUUGGUUACUUCAGGAGUAUUUUCUGAGGGAAAGCACAUGCAAAUCAGUACACAUUAUUCUAGAGACAAUGUGUGUGAGUGUGUUGGGGUGGGGCAGAGGUCCCUGAGCAGACAGAGAAAGGCCCGCAGGAAGAGUGAACGCUGGCCAGUGUCUGCGCAGUCCUCGCCAGCAGACUGGAUCUUGACUGACCUGUGUCUUUGGAAUCUGUCUUCUGGAGUGCACUUACUCCCACCUGGCCAAGAGGGCCCUGUGAGAGUGUACAGGCUGAGUGGGCUCCCUUGUUACCUGAGAGCAACAGCUGUCCUUGCUGUGUCCCUGGGGUCCUGUGAGCAGGAGCGAGACCUCCUGCUGGGUCUUAGGUAACACAGUAUUCUUUCCCCCAUGUCCCACGUUCUCAUUUGUGCAGUGUGGACAAUCGCCCAUAGGUUUCCGUCAGUCUUGCUCACCCAACCAGAAAACUCCUGCAUAUGCCGUGUAGCACUGUCUGGUGAGGGAAAAGGGCAGGGAGAGUCUAGGGACAGGGAUGGCAACAGGGUAGUAAACUGAGGGGGCCAAGGGAAACCGGGGCCAGCAGUGGGCAGUAAAGGAGACCUCAUACUGAUAGGUGAUGGUGCUCAAGAGAGGUGGAGUCGUAAAAAGGAGGGGGAUCAGAGAACACUGAGGAUGGAGAUCAAAAUGAUAAAGAGGAGGGAAGUGUUCAUUAAGACAGGUGAUGGGAGCUGGGCAGUAGUGUCUACACACACCUUUAAUCCUAGCACUCAGGAGGCAGAGGCAAAUGGAAAUCUGUGAGUUCGAGGCCGGCCUGGUCUACAGAGUGAGUUCCAGGACAGCCAGGGCUGUUACACAGAGAAACCCUGUCUCGAAAAAUAAAAAAGAAAACCAAAAACAACAAAAAGACAGGUGAUGGGGACAUCUAGUAAGAAGAGGGACAGCUGGAGGUCAGAUCCUGCGCAGGAGUAGCGAAAGUCUCAAAAAACGGUGACCCUGGAGGGGACACCAGAUGACAUUCUUUAAUUUGAGGUAGUAAACCAACCAGGAAAAUUCCCAUCAUGACAAUUCACAGAGACAGAGGCAGAAUUGCAGAGUGUAAUACUACGACCCCCGCCCGGAAAGUGCAAGGAACACUUUACCCAAUGGGCUUCCAGGCUGAUAAUGAUGGCUGUUACAACUUCCAUGAGGGCAGCAUUUAAACAGCUUUUGGCAACACUUCCAGGUUUUAUGUUAUUGUUGGUUUUUUUUUUUUUUUGGAUUUUUUUAAAUCUUAGGUCACUCCCUCCAAAAGAUAGUGGAAAUAAAUUUGAAUAAACAAAACAGGUUUGCUGAAAAUAAAAGCAGGACACCUCAACUGAUCCAGUCAGCCUACUUCCAGAAGGACUGUCAGGCAGGGUAGUCCCUGUGGCUGAGUGAACAGUGUCCGGCAUGUACCAGGUUGCUGCAUUCCUGGCUGUGAUGGUGGGACACACCGUCAGUUCCCAGGUCCAGAGUGACUGCAGCCACUGGCCCAGCUGCUGCCCCAGCAAAGAACAAGACUCCCUUGAGUUGCCCAAGCUGAGCGCUGCAUCUGUGUCUCCCCCAGAACCUCUGAGCCCCACCUACCACCCAGAAUCCUGCAAGGCCAGCAACGAUGGACCCCUCAACAGGAGGGCCAUCUCUCCUUGGAGUUAUGUGUUGGACAGGGACUUGAACCGGGUCCCCCAGGAUCUGUACCAUGCGCAGUGCCUGUGUCCACACUGUGUCAGCCUACAGAGGGGCUCCCACAUGGGCCUCAUGGGCAACUCAGUACCACUCUACCACAACCAGACGGUCUUCUACAGGCGGCCAUGCCACGGACAGCAGGGCUGCCGUCAUGGCUACUGCCUGGAGCGCAGGCUCUACCGUGUCUCCUUGGCUUGUGUCUGCGUGCGGCCUCUUGUAAAGUCGUCUUAGUCACGCUUGCCACCUUCCUGAGGCUGACACCUUGCAUGGCCAUGGUAGGGCUCAAGCCCUCCAGAGCCCUACCUGAAGCACCAGAGUCCCGGGACAAGAUGGAGAACUUGGGAGGAACCCUGACUUUUGCACUUUUUGAAGAACUUUUGGGAAGGAGCAGUUUCAGUUUGUGGCUGCUGGAAGAUGCUGUCGUGGCAUUCCCUCUCAAAAAAGGUCUCCAAAGGCCUGCUGAUGCCUGGAAGCCAGGCUGCUGGCCCUCCCUUCCCUCUGAGUUCCCCGGUCCAGCACAGGCACUUUCUCCAUUUUCCCCGUUUGCCCUUCAUUUUGCUGGCUUGUGAAUGCCAACUCUGCAGGCAGCCAGUCAUAAUUCCUUUGAUGUGGAUAAUUCGGAGGAGAAGAGAGCUGUUAUUGAACGUGAGGAGAUUUAUCCGAAUAAAUAUCUGUGUUUAAAAAUGA